CCCUCCUCAUCUCUAAGACCGCUCCUCCCUUCGGUCUGCUGAAAAAACCCCGCCGAUCCCUCGUUCCGAUCCUCUUGGCCUCCACUGAGGGUUAGGGUUUUUUCGUUUCCUCGAUCCAAGAAGAAGAAGAAGAUGAGCUCCACGGCCUCGACCAAGGGCGGCAGGGGCAAGCCCAAGUCCUCCAAGUCCGUCUCCCGGUCCCAGAAGGCCGGCCUCCAGUUCCCCGUCGGCCGGAUCGCUCGCUUCCUCAAGGCCGGCAAGUACGCCGAGCGCGUCGGUGCUGGCGCUCCCGUCUACCUCUCUGCCGUCCUCGAGUACCUCGCCGCUGAGGUUCUAGAGUUGGCUGGGAAUGCGGCAAGGGACAACAAGAAGAAUAGGAUUGUUCCGAGGCACAUACAGCUUGCGGUGAGGAAUGAUGAGGAGUUGAGCAAGCUUCUUGGGACUGUGACUAUUGCUAAUGGCGGAGUUUUGCCUAAUAUUCACCAAACUCUGCUGCCUAAGAAGGUGGGGAAGAAGGGGGACCUGGGGUCUGCAUCACAAGAAUUCUAGAUCUCUAACAAUCUCAAGACAGGAUGGGGAUAUCUUCUGUUUGGGGGUUUUAUGUCAGGGGUAGUGAUGGUUUGAUGUAUGAAUAUGGUCGACUAGUUGCAGUACCUUUUUUGAUGUUGAAUCAAACUAUACUCUUUGCUUUAUACGAUGAAAAUAAGUCAAAAAAUUGAUGUUCUUCUGUGUUUUGUGGUAUUUGCUUGAUGCAAAUUGAUAAUUUGAUUUUCUUUGUUUUUUUUCUUUUU